AUGGGAAGCGGCCGUCACUCUUCACCGCAAAUUAUUGAUUACGUGAAAACGGGUCUCCAAGAUAUAAGUUUAGAAGGUCAUGGUAUGGAAGCUCUCGAGGGGCCAGGGAGUGAUGAAGAGCUACCAGAGCGCCGGCCAUUUGAGAAGGACCCGAAUGAGGUUCUAGAAUGGGUUAUCAAUACUGAGCCAUCCAGCAUGAAGGAGUUUGACCAAGAUCCAAACAUGUCUAACAUCGCCCCAGGGGGGGGUCGAAUCCCAUUUGCCAGAGAAUCGAUUGCCUAUAAGGAUUGGCUACUUUCCAAUAUACGCCAAAUUGGUCGCCUGGAAUCUGGAAAUCCUGAUCUGAUGAUUGGCAUAGGAGUGAAGGUGCGAUCCCGACUAGGAGCAUUCAACUCGCUACGCAAAAUGAGCCAUCGAAGACAGCAAUCCUUGAUAAAGAUGACCUUCAACCUUGAUUGGGAUCCCGCACGUUUCAUCCACGACCAAGAUAGUCACGACCAAAGGUUGGCCUCUCCUCAAAAUGACCUGGAAAACGUCGCUCAUGGAACAAUGCACAACCUGCAACUGUGGUGGAGUACAUGGGUCAAACGUGGCCUGGAACUGGGCAGUACAUCAUUACCUUGUUACAAGAGUUGA